AAAGGAAUUGUGGGAAAAACAAAAUGGCGGACUAAACAACAAAAAAGCAUCUCCAGCAAAAAUUGAUCCAUUCAAAGACGUGAAUCGAAUAUAGGCUUCAGUGGCUUCGAUAAUGCCGUCUUACAGGCUAGGGGUCCAAUUUCUUAAAUUGGAAGCCUUUAUUUUAAAGAUGACGGUAUAAACAAAGGCUAACCACCAGCAACAGGACCGCCACAGAUCUAGGUUGUGUAACUUACAUUUGUUAACCCGGUAUUUCUUUCUAAAUCUACACCCUGGACUGUUGACGUAGCAUAUGUGCUAGGAUGACGAGUAAAGAGUUCACGCCGUCCCGGAAAUCUGGAAGUUGUCUCGAUCUUGAUGAAACUGAAAAAAAUAGCGACGAUAAAGAUUGCCAAAACACGAGACAUUCUUCGUCAACGUAUGGCAUCGCGAUCGAUUCCUCUCGAAUAAGGUCUGUCCCCCUUGAGGAACAAUCCACAGUGCUUCGAGAUCUUGGCAUCGGUGUGUUUGAUCAAGAGGAGUUUGAAGAAGGAAUUUUGAAACAAGUCGACGAGGCCAUCGCUGUUAAGGAGACGGAGGCUUUGAUUCAAGGAUGGGUAAAAGACCUCAAGGCCGUCAACGAUGACAUAGAAUCUGUACACAAAGAUCUGGAAGAAAUAGAUAGGCUUGUAAAAGGCCUGAGUUCCACUGAUGCCCAUAACUAUGACGCCGGUAGAAGACUAGAAGCGGUCAAGAAGCAUAGAGAAAACAAGCACCGUCAGCUUCAGAAGCUUGAAGCCAGACAGAAGGCCCUAAACAACAAACUGGGCAUUGGAGCUGAAGAUGCCCAAGAUGAAGAAGAAGUGGAAACCUCUACUGAAGAUGCAAAAAUAAUGGCAAUGGAGGAGAGAAUUAAGAUCAUGAAAAAACUGGAAGAGCAGCGAGAUCAGUUAAUUAAAACUGGAAAAAUGACACCAUUUGAGGGAUCAAUAAAUAAUACUGCCAACUCUGCAACAGCUGAUAAUGUUCAUACCACCACAAUGGAUUAUCCAACAAGUCUAACAACAACAACUUCUGAGGAGAUGAAAAGCACAGUCAAGACACCAGAAGAUGAUGAUGAUGAUAAUGGUGAUGAUUAUAAUGAUGAUGGAGAGAUGGAGGGCCAAGAUAAAGACAGUGGUGAUGACUACAUCCCAGAGGAAGAGGAGUUGCGUGACAGCUGGAAUGACAAGGAAAGACCCAAUCUGAAAAGCAAUACAAGAAAAAGGCCAGCAAAGGAUACUAAAAAUAACCAAAGACAUGCAAAUGUGAAAUAUGUUGAUGAAGAAGACGAGGUCAAGCCUAAGAAAGUGAAGAAAAAAACGGAUAAUUUUAAGCACAGGGCAUUAGAUGAUGGUGAUGAUGGUGCUUAUCACAAGAGAAUAAGGCAUGUCAGGAUUCAGUCAUUACUGAAAAAACAAGGACUGAAUGACAAUGAGAGCUCAGACGAGGAAGAAUUUUCAGACAUGGAGUUUGACAAUAACUACAAAGUUCCUGGUCAAAUCUGGCACAAGCUGUACAAGUACCAGCAGACAGGUGUGAAAUGGCUCUGGGAACUGCACUGCCAGCAAGCCGGUGGCAUCAUCGGCGAUGAGAUGGGACUCGGCAAGACCAUUCAGACUGUUGUGUUCCUGGCUGGUCUUAAGUACAGUGGGAUUUCGGCCAGAAAGUCAAGACGUGACCAAGGUCUUGGUCCAGUUCUUAUUGUCUGCCCAGUCACAGUGCUACAUCAGUGGGUCAAGGAAUUCCACAAGUGGUGGCCAGAAUUCAGAGUGGCUGUGCUACAUGAUACUGGCUCGUUUUCUGGACGUCGGGACGCCUUGGUCAGGAAGAUCUGCAAGGCUCAUGGCGUAAUCGUCACCUCUUAUUCUGGUGUUCGCUGUAACCAGGAUGCUUUGCUGGCACAGCGCUGGGAUUACGUCAUUCUCGAUGAAGGGCACAAGAUAAGAAACCCGGAUGCUGAGAUAACUCUCGCCUGCAAACAGAUUCGCACACCCCAUCGCAUCAUUCUCUCUGGGUCACCCAUGCAGAAUAAUCUUCGUGAGCUCUGGUCACUCUUUGACUUUGUGUUCCCUGGGAAGCUUGGCACUCUUCCUGUAUUCCUGACCGAGUUCUCUGUACCAAUAACAACUGGAGGCUAUGCCAACGCAUCCAAAGUACAGGUUCAGACGGCAUACAAGUGUGCGUGUGUGUUGAGGGAUACCAUUAACCCAUACCUGCUGAGAAGACUUAAAAAGGAUGUGAAAAUGGAUCUAGAACUCCCAAACAAAAAUGAACAGGUCUUAUUUUGUCGUUUGUCUGACGAGCAACGCCAGCUGUACGAGCAGUAUCUGGAUUCGAGGGAAGUCCAGUCAAUUCUUGCUGGAAAAUACAAGGUUUUCCCAGGGCUUAUCAUGCUGCGCAAGAUUUGCAACCACCCUGACCUGACGUCCGAGGCCGGCUCCCUCAUCAAGGCCAAACAAGACGAGGAGGAGGCGAAAAGGGGCGUGGUCAAACCACGUGGGCCUGACGAUGGGUACGGGGACUGGAGGCGGGCGGGGAAGAUGGUGGUGGUCGAGGCGCUGCUCAAGAUGUGGAAGACACAGGGGCACAGAGUGUUGGUCUUCUCUCAGACUCGCCAGAUGUUAAACAUUUUGGAGUUGUUCGUAUCGUCUCGCGGUUACAACUACCGGCGUAUGGACGGAAGUACGAGCGUCGCCACCCGACAACCUCUCGUCAACAAGUUCAACCAGGACGAGUCGAUCUUCGUAUUUCUGCUGACGACUCGUGUGGGAGGCCUUGGGGUGAACCUGACGGGAGCUGACCGCGUCAUCAUCUAUGACCCAGACUGGAACCCAAGCACGGACACACAGGCCCGCGAGCGCUCCUGGAGGAUUGGACAGAGGAAGCAAGUCACCAUUUAUAGACUUCUAACCACUGGGACCAUCGAGGAGAAGAUUUACCACAGACAAAUCUUCAAGCAGUUUCUGACCAACCGCGUGCUGGAAGACCCCAAGCAGAGAAGAUUCUUCAAGACGAAUGACUUGUACGAGCUUUUUACACUAGACGACAGCUACAAGAAACAGGGCACAGAGACCGGAGCUAUCUUUGCCGGUACCAACUGUCAGGUCAAGGUCUCUGGAUCUCGCAAGAAAAAGUCAGACCCGCGUUUAGAGUCUCGCGCCGUGGUUAAAUCUCACGUUUCAUCGCGUUCCGGAAAAAGACCAAUCACGUGCCCGCCACGUGACGCAAAGAAACAGUCCACGUGCACAACCGGCUCCUCGAGGAGCGAUGAUUUCGGAUUCACUAUUGACGAGAGAGAUAUUCAAGAGAUACAACGACAGAAAAGGGAUCCCGGACCCGCCAUACCGCCUCCCAAUCCCGACGCCAACCCCGAAGAUGCUACCGGGAAUGACAUGAAUCUGAAAUCAGAUGCUGGAAGUGUGUUGGAAAGUUCGAAAGCAAAUGAGGAGGGAAUUGGGACAAAAAGCCCAACAGUGGUUGGUGUGACCAAUGUCACGGAGAAGACAGAUUCCAAAGCGAGAUCUAUUGAUUCUAACCAAAGUAUUGAUAAACAAUCAACCAAAGACUCAAACGUGUCUCGGUUACUUCCCUUGCAUACGGAAACAUCUUUGGGUAUGGAAGACAUGCCCAAACGUGGUGAUCUGAUUCCAAGCGCAUCCUUUCAGGCGCGUUCGUCGAGUUCAAAAGACGAGAGCCAGUUACUGGCAUCUUUGUCAAGUGUCCCGUCAAGUGGCAGCUCGAGUAUGAAGGCUAAGGAUGGCGCAUGUCAUAAACCCGUUAGACCUGGCAGUCAUAAGAGCAAGCUGGUAUCGUUAUCCGAUAAGCAACUCAAGAAAAAGAUACGGAUUCGCAAGAAGAAAAAGCGAAAAAAAAUCGAGGGCCACGUGAUCGAUAACUUGGACUACCACGUGAGUUAUAGUGCGGGGUCUGGGGCGAGCGACACAGGGACCGAGAAACCUGACUCCUGGCACGAUGACGUCAUACUCAAAGCGCUGUUCAAGAGGGGUGGGGUCCAUAGUGCUUUACAGCAUGACGUCAUCAUGGAGUCAGGAAAUGCGGACUACACAUUGGUCGAGAACGAGGCUAAUCGCGUUGCCCAGCAGGCGGUGCAGGCCUUGAAGAAAUCACGUCAGCGAUGUCUUGGCGCGACCAGCGGUAUUCCGACGUGGACAGGCGCAUCGGGGUCUUCUGGAUUUACUGACACGCGGAGACCAAAACUACGAUUCGGUAAGAAGCGUCCAGCGGCUACAAGCAGCGUAACAGCGGAAAGCGACGAGUCUAAGCCGACAAAGCGCGCCGCUGACCAGCCAUUAUUUAGUGGCGCAAUGAUGGGCGUCGAGACCGCUGACCACACAAAUGAGCCUGCCUCCUCCGCUGAUCUGCUGGCCAGAAUGAGGGCCCGCAAUAACAUCCUACCGAACGAGGAGACUGGCCCUAGUUACAUGCAAUCCACGGAACACGAUGCUUUGCUUGCCGAAAUGAGUGACUUUGUCGCUCACCGAGGCCGUGUCCCGUUCCAGGCCUCCACCGACGAGCUAGUGGCGCGGUUCAAGGACCAGCUUCCUAAAAAUAACUCGGCGGUUUUUCGUGCGCUUUUGAGGAGAAUCUGUGUGUUUUCGCGAGGUGAGGAGAAAGGGGGAAUAUGGACAUUGAAGCCAGAGUUUGCGUAAGGCAGAUAAAGAAUGCAGACAAACAUUGUGAAUAUUGAGGGCAAGUCACUCGGAACAGAAUACAGAAAUCCAGGUUUCCUAAGGGACAUCCCGCUUACUGUAAGCUUACUGUCAUGUCACCACUUUUUUAAUUUAUUAAGGCCAAGACACUACAAAUAACGUUAUAUCAUGCCUUUGAAAUUUGGUGGCAAAUCACUCACGAACCGGUUGGGUUUCGCGGCAUUCAUUAUUGAAAAACACUAAUGGAAUUCUGCUUAUAGUUAUAUUUGUUUAAUCGGAUAUCUCUUUUCUAUCGCCGCAUAACUGAAUUCCAUAAUAAAAUAGAAUAUACAAAUAUUGCGUUCAUAAGCGUCAGUGAUAGACUCAAAACAAAACAAAGCGAAAUGCAUAAUUGUACAUGUCCUGGCUUUGAAAUGUUUUAUUCUUAAUUUAAUUGUUAUACGCGGCUAUGAUGAAUAAGAAGAAAUUGAAUAAAAUCUGCAAAAAAAAAAAAAAAA